AGCUUUCGGACGAACCCGAGACUCUAGAUGAUAUUCUGAUCAGCUGUCGCGCCACGCUAAAAUACGCCAUAAAAACGGCACACCCCAGAUAUUUCAAUCAGCUCUCCACUGGGUUAGACAUGGUUGGCUUGGCUGCAGAUUGGCUAACGUCCACUGCCAACACCAAUAUGUUCACCUAUGAGGUGGCUCCAGUCUUCGUGCUGUUGGAAUACGUCACGCUGAAGAAGAUGAGGGAGAUCAUUGGCUGGCAGGAUGGCCACGGUGAUGGAAUAUUCUCCCCGGGUGGCGCCAUUUCCAACAUGUAUGCCAUGCUGCUGGCUCGCUAUAAAAUGUUCCCUGAGGUGAAGGAGAAAGGAAUGUCAUCCGUACCGAAACUGGUGGCCUUCACAUCUGAACAUAGCCAUUUCUCAAUCAAGAAAGGAGCAGCCGCACUUGGAAUUGGUACAGAAAGUGUCAUCUGUAUUAAAGCUGAUGAAAGGGGUAAAAUGAUUCCUUCCGACCUUGAGAGGAGAAUUAUUGAAGCCAAGCAGAAGGGAUACGUGCCGUUCUUUGUCAGCGCCACAGCUGGCACCACGGUUUAUGGUGCCUUUGAUCCCCUGAUUGCUAUAGCGGACAUCUGUAAGAAGCAUGAUAUCUGGAUGCAUGUGGAUGGAGCAUGGGGCGGAAGUUUGCUAAUGUCCCGGAAACAUCGGUGGAAGCUAAAUGGAGUCGAGAGGGCUAAUUCUAUGACCUGGAACCCCCAUAAAAUGAUGGCUGUACCCUUGCAGUGCUCGGCUCUGCUGGUUCGAGAGGAGGGUCUGAUGCAGAGCUGCAAUCAGAUGCAGGCCUGUUAUCUGUUCCAGCAGGACAAGCACUAUGAUCUGUCCUAUGACACAGGGGACAAGGCCCUGCAGUGCGGCCGCCAUGUGGACAUCUUCAAACUAUGGCUAAUGUGGAGAGCUAAGGGCACUAUUGGUUUUGAGGCUCAGAUUGACAAAUGUCUGGAGCUUUCAGAGUAUCUCUACAACAAGAUUAAGGACAGGGAAGGAUACAAGAUGGUGUUUGAUGGAAAGCCUCAGCAUACCAAUGUGUGUUUCUGGUACCUUCCACCGGGCGUACGCUACCUGGAGGACAAAGUGGAGAAAAUGAAGCGCCUGCACAAGGUUGCCCCUGUAAUCAAAGCCAGAAUGAUGGAGUACGGAACGACCAUGGUGAGCUAUCAACCGCAGGGAGACAAGGUCAACUUCUUCCGUAUGGUCAUCUCCAACCCAGCUGCUACCUUUGAAGACAUUGACUUCCUCAUUGAAGAGAUUGAGCGACUGGGACAGGAUCUUUAAAAACUUGAGACUCCAAAACCUGUUAUUCUUGUGUCCCUGGAUGGAUCGAAUAUUUGUUGUGAAUGUAACGGUAAAUCAUUGAUUCCUCUUCUCCAAAGUCAUAUAAAAGUAGUAUGAUU